AUGCCCAGCGCCACAUUUUCAGCCAUAUUUCAACUGCACAUAUUUGCGCCGCUAUUACUCCUACUGAUCAAGCUCAAACACGUUGGAUUCGCCAUACUAGCCCUACUGGCCUGUGUUGGUUGUUUUUUGAGCAUAGUACCAAGGUUAUUCAUGGACUUUCGGAUAAUGCCCUACGAAGUAGACCGCAUGGAAUCUACACGCGAAAUGAGCCAUUCAUUCAUACACUACUUGGGCUCUACUGAGCAAAACAUCUCGACAUUCAUAGUGGGUCUGGUGUGGGGUUAUCUCAUACGCUGUAAACCCGACGCACUCAACAAAGUGGGCAAAAACGGUGUGCUUUGCCUUUGGGUUGGUUUUAUGAUUUUGCCCCAAAUCGCCAGCGCGUGGGGCGAGACAUUCAAAGCCACGAAAGGGGGCUUUAAUGAGAAAUCAUUUCUGGUGUGGUUUCUGAGUGGGCGUGUGUUGUGGGCGUUGGGCUACGGAUGGAUUGUAUACGCGUGUAGUACUAACCGCGGCUGGAUUAUACAGCGGUUUUUCAACUACCAGCCCAUACAGCCAUUGGCCAAAUUGGCAUUUGGUAUAUACCUGUCGCACAUCAUUAUUAUAGGCACCCGACUGUUGGCCAUUAGAGAGACUUAUGUUAUGACACACUCAGGGAUUUUUGAGGGGGCAAUCAUUGAUUACGUGAUAGCGGUGUUAACGGCAUAUAUGCUGUAUAUACUGAUUGAAUGUCCGAUUUAUCAUUUAAUUAAAAUAAUUUGCGGACAAAAC